AUGACUGGCGCCACAGUCAUUUCUCUUUUCCUUUGUUUAUUUUCUCUUGUUUCUGCCUUUAACCAUCCUGGUCUUCUUGUUACCGAUGCCGAUAUCACUCGCGCCAAGAAGCAUAUCAAAGCCAAGCAGGAUCCUUGGUUCGCUUCGUGGGAAGAUCUCAUCAGCAUUGAAUACUCCAACGAUUCGUAUACCAACAACGCAGUAUCCGUUAUCUACCGUGGCUUUGAUGGUGUCCACGAGGAAAAUGUGAAUCUAUUGUGGCAAGACGCGGCUGCUGCAUUCAACCUUGGGCUGCGGUGGAAAAUCUCUGGCGAGACCGACUUUGCCGAGGCCGCAGCCAAAAUUCUUGUUGCUUGGGGAGAGACUCUCACUGAGAUCAGCGGUGACAAUGACAUGUACCUUGCAGCCGGUCUGCAGGGAGCUGAAAUGGCGAACGCUGCGGAGCUGCUGCGCGAUUACGCUCCGUUCAUGGAAAACGGCUUUGAUACCUUCACGGCCAUGAUGGAAGAUGUCUUUCUUUCCAUGAAUUUACAAUUCCUGAACCAUGAGAACUCGGCGGAGCACAAUGUCAAACACUAUUUCGCGAAUUGGGAGCUUUGCAACAUGGCUUCUGCGAUGGCUAUUGGUGUCCUUACUGAGGACCGAAGCACCUAUGAUUAUGUUCUGCAAUACUUCAAGAAUGGUACCGGUAAUGGUUGUAUUGGAAAUGCGGUUUCCAACCUUGUCGAGGAGCCGAUCACGGGUACCCUACUGGGUCAAGGCCAGGAAUCUGGUCGUGACCAAGGUCACUCUGCGCUGAACUGGCAGACUCUGGCAGCAAUCGGACAGCAGGCAUACAACCAAGGCGAUAACCUUUUCGCCUACAACAACAGUCGGAUUCUCCAGGGUGUCGAAUACUUUGCACGCUACAACCUGGGUCAUGAUGUCCAAUUCGAGCCAUACCCCAAUGGGAUUGUCGACUUUACAGAGAUCAGUAACUCCAGCCGGGGCUCAACCAGGCCCAACUGGGAGUUAUUAUGGAAUCACUACGGUGUUGUGAAAGGAUUAGAUGCUCCCUGGACAAAGAAAUAUUUGAAUUACUCUCUUUCCGAGUUCGGGGGCUUUGAGCCAGGUGCUGGUGCCUGGGGAGAUGAUUCUGGCGAUUAUGAUUGCCUGGGAUGGGGAUCGCUUCUCUAUCACCAGGAUGCUUCUGACGUUGCUGCCGCCAAAAGCGCUGCAUCUUCGAGUGCUGUAGCAUCAUCACGAUACUAUACCAGCUCCUCUACUCGUGCGCCAUCAACCUUCUUAACCUUGCAGACUUCUAUCGUGCCGACCACGCAGACUUCAAUUGCGACAACCCUGCAGACAUCACUUGCCACGACCCAGCAGGCCUCCACUGUGGCGAACGCACAGCCUUCAAUUGCGACGACUCUACAGACUUCACCCGUGGCAAGCAUGGAGAACACUCCGGCGGCAAUCCCCGUUGUUGUUUAUCAGACAGAAAUCGUGACGGUGGAGGCCUGUCCACGCCAGUGA